CUCUUCUCCACCACCCGCCUCCACCUGCUUCUCGUGCUUCUCCGUGCCAGCUGGGCUGCUCCGCUUCGUUACCGUCACACUUCGUUAGCCGCACACCUCCAGCCGACGCCCGAGGUCCGAGCACAGCAGCGGUCUCCAGCACCGCAGUCCGCGGGCGCCUAGACGCGCAGAGACAGAGAGAGAGAGCGCCGCCGCCAGAGCGACCUGUCAGGCUGUGCGCUGUCCGACAAUCGCAGCGCCGUACGCGACGCUCUCGCUGCCGCCACAGCUGACGCUGUGUGCCUGGCAUCAUGGACGCGGCACUGCAAAAGGCCCUGCUGGACCGCGUGUACGACCGCCGCAAGGCGGCCACGCUGGACCUCGAGAAGCAGGUCCGCGAGGCGCUGGUCCGCGGAGAUCGCGCCCGCAUCAACCUCAUAGUGCAGCAGCUCUGCGCCCUGCUCGCAUCAAGCAGCCCGCAGAACAACCAUGCGCGCAGCGGUGGCCUCAUCGGCCUCGCCGGCAUCGGCAUCGCACUGGGUUUGGAGAUUGCGCCCUAUCUGGAGCAGGUCGUUCCUCCGGUGCUCGCGUGCUUCAGUGACCCCGAUAGCAAGAUCCGCUACUUCGCCUGCGAGUCGUUCUACAACAUUGCGAAGGUGUGCAAGGGCGAGAUCCUCAUGUACUUCAACGAGAUCUUCGACGCCCUGUCCAAGCUCGCUGCAGACUCGGAGCUCUCCGUCAAGAACGGUGCAGAGCUGCUGGACCGCCUGCUGAAGGACAUUGUCUGCGAGGCGGCGCCCCACUACGUCUCCGCGUACCAGGACAUCGCCCUGAUCCGCGCGCGCCAGGAUGCGAGCAGCGGCAACAUCGGCGGCGAGGCAGAGCUGGAGGUUGCGCGCGAGAAAGCUGCCGCUGCGUCCGACUCGGAGCAGGUUGACCUUGCGCGCAACAAGGUCUUCUCGCUUGCCCGCUUCGUGCCGCUGCUCGCCGAGCGCAUGUACGUGCUCAGCCCCUUCACGCGCAACUACCUCGUCAGCUGGAUCACCGUGCUGGACUCGGUCCCCGACCUGGAGCUCGUGCACUUUCUCCCGGCCUUCCUCGACGGGCUCCUCAAGUACCUCUCAGACCCGAACACCGACGUGCGCAUCGCGACGCACAACGUGCUGGCAGACUUCCUGCGCGAGUGCAAGGCCGCCGCACGGCCGCAAAGGCGCAGCGCGCCGGCGUCCUCAUCACGCGGUCCCUCGGCGCAGACACGCUCUGCCCUGGAGACGUCUGCGGAAGGUGCCGCAAGCGACGCAGCAGCUGCCACGUUCGAAGAGCUGGAGGAGGCCGUGGUCGACGAGCACGAGGAGGCAGAAGAGGACACCGGUGCAGACGAAGAUGUGUGGGUGCCUGCCCUCGAGGUGCGCGUCGACUACGCGGCGAUCACCGAGAUCCUGGUGAACCACGUCAGCUAUCCGGACGAAGAGAUCCAGGCGACGGCGCUGCAUUGGCUGUCGGAGUUUCUGCUGGUCGUCCAGGACGUCGUCGUUCCGUUCACGCACCGCCUCAUUCCCGCCAUCCUUCCGUCGAUCGCACACCACAGCCCGGCCAUCCAGAGCGCGGCAAAUGCGACUAACACGAACCUGUUCCGCGUCCUCCAGGAGCUGCCGGUCAGCGUGCCGCCUCCGACGUCUCGCUCGUCCGCAUCUGUGCAGGGCGGCGACGCACGGGCUGCCACGACGAGCCGAGGCCAGCCGUCGGCGCCUCCCGCUUCAACCCUGAGCGCAUCAGGCUCUUCCACCACGACGGCGUCCAGGCCUCACGAGCGGGUCGAGACCGCAUCGAGCGCCGGCGAUACUGCGUCGAGCAGGAACACGUCCGGUGUCGCGGGCAGCGCGGCACAGACCAUGUCCCCGCAGCUCUCCCCGCGCGCACCGCCGCGGCCCUUCCCGACUAAGGACGGUGCAUCAGAGGCAGCUGACGCGGCGACUGCACCCGACGAGGAGACGGGCUCGUCGCAGUCGCAGCCGCACGCCGAUGCGCUGGACCUGCACGCGACCGUCAACGUGCUCACGCUCCAGCUCAUCGACGAGCACGAAGAGACGCGUGUGGCUGCCCUCGAGUGGCUGCUGAUGCUGCACCAGAAGGCGCCGCACAAGAUCCUGGCGAUGGAUGACGGCACGUUCCCAGCGCUGCUCAAGACGCUCUCGGACCCCAGCGAGGAGGUGAUCCGCUCCGACCUGCGCCUGCUGGCGCAGAUCAGCAGCGCGUCCGAGGAGCGCAACGACGCAUACUUCCGCUCCUUCAUGGUCAACCUCGUCAGCCUCUUCAGCACGGACCGCCGGCUGCUCGAGACGCGCGGCAGCCUCAUCCUGCGGCAGCUCUGCGCCUCGCUGCACACCGAGCGCAUCUUCCGCACGCUGGCCGAGAUCCUCGAGCGCGACGAGGACCUCGAGUUCGCCAGCGUCAUGGUCACGAACAUGAACAUGAUCCUCAUCACGUCGCCCGAGCUCGCCGACUUCCGCCGGCGGCUCAAGAACCUCGACUCGCGCGACGGGCAGCAGCUCUUCGCGAGCCUGUACCGCAGCUGGUGCCACAACGCCGUCGCCACGUUCAGCCUCUGUCUGCUCGCACAGGCGUACGAGCACGCCAGCAAUCUGCUGCAGAUCUUUGCCGAGCUUGAGAUCACGGUCGCGCUCCUCAUCCAGAUCGACAAGCUGGUGCAGCUGCUCGAGUCGCCGAUCUUCACCGCGCUGCGGCUGCAGCUGCUGGAGCCCGAGCGCCACCCGUACCUCUUCAAGUGCAUGUACGGCCUGCUGAUGCUGCUGCCGCAGAGCUCUGCGUUUGCGACGCUGCGCAACCGCCUCAACGCCGUCAGCAGCAUGGGCUUCCUGCACGUUGCCGCGCCCCGCUCGCUGUACGGCGCCGGCAACAGCUCCGGCAGCGGGGCCAGCGGCGGCUCGCUGCCGUCCGGCGCUGCGGCCGGCUCUGGCAACUCCUCCACGGGACCCCGCAGCAAGCUCGGCAGCCGCGACGACAUCAAGUGGAACGAGCUGCUGACGCACUUCCGCAAGGUGCAGGCGCGCCACGAGCAGGCGCGCAGAGCAGGCGGGCUUGCCAGCGGGCUCGAGGCCGACGGCUCGCUGGUGCCAGGCAUGGCACGAGCGUCGCUGGGCGGCAGUCCUGGCGGGGCGGGCGCCCUGCGCGGGCCGCUGCCGGCAUCGCGCGUCGGCUCUGCAGGUUCGUCGCGCAGGAAAGCUAGCGGCGCGUCUGCACAUCCUCCAGGCUCUGGCAGCCGCUUUGGCAUGGGCUCAGCCACUGCGCCUGCGUCCUCGUCAUCGGGCAGCAAGCUCGCCAGCGCACCCGCCUCAUCGUCCUUCUUCGGCCUGCACCUCUCUGGCGGCGCCUCAUCUGCUGCGCCGGGGCCGUCGGUACCCUCCGGCACGUCGCGGCCGACCUCACCCAUCUCUGCCCGCAAGGGUCAGCCCAGGAACGUCAGUGCGCAGUUCGCGACGAAGAGGUAGACCGCAAUGCAUCAU